CCUCAAUUCAAUAGACGAUUCAUAUAAAUAUAAGAAUGUCCCCAUUGAAAUCUUACGCAUUACAAAAUCUCUGUGCUCUUGGUCUGCCUAAACAUCAUCAUGGAAGCUAUUGCAGUAUUCAAGUACCAAAUCGAAAAGAAUCCUGGACCCGAACAUGUUGGUACAAUCGCAGCGAAUACAAAAUUUGUCAGACGAGAUGACCAAGAUUCGAACAUCUCAAUUUCAUUACCUACCAAUGAAUUCACUGAAGCCGAAGAUUCUCCUCACAAAGAAAAACUCUAUUACUUCUUAAAAGAUUUAGGAGUUGAUGCACGAGACGCUCUCCGGUUAAUACAAGAACUCGCCCUACGUGCAUGCAAAGUAACUUCAUCGUUUGAAUACCGUCCACAAUAUGCUUUGUUAAUUUUGUUGACGUUGACGUUGACGCUUCAUACGGCUCCUUCGAGUACUGAAGGACCAGUACUCCUCGAUGAAUCUCAAGUCGAACCAGUCCUUGAUGACCCUCAAGUCGACGAAUCAUUCAUCGAUGACCCUCAACUCGACAAAUCAUUCAUCGAUGACCCUCAACUCGACGAAUCAUCCAUCGAUGAUUACGAUCUAGUCGAAUUCCUAGAUGAUUCUCUAAUCGAAGAAUCAUUCAUCGAUGACUCUCAACUCGAAGAGGUGAUUCGAACCUCCCUCGAAGAAGAUGACGAGAGGAGGAAUAGCGAGUUUUAGACACGCAAGAAAAUUAAGAGUCGACGCCUUGAGCAGGAGGAUAUACAAGAAGAGUAAACGAAAGACCAGCAUAAUUUCUAACCAGUGCACAAGAAAUAAGA